AAUCUCCUGGUUUAAACAUUUCCUAUAGAGAUAUUCACGUCUGCAAACAUGAGCACCCAAAACUACGAGUCGUUGAACCCAAAGCAAGGGGAAUUCUUCCCCCACGAGCAUCCGGACCAGGUUCAUCAACAUCAUCCACACGGCGGUCACCAGCCAGGACGCAAAGUUGGCGGCAAUGACGACGUCCGCGAGUCCCACGCACAGACAUUCCCCCCUGGCACAGCCCCCGCCAGCAACUCGUACUCGCCCAACCCCAACAACACCAUCCCAGGCCAGGCAAUGAACCCCAAUGUGGAACGAUCCCACGGCAAGGAGUCGACGGGGACGUCAGCCGGCGACACCCUCAUGGGUGCCUCUUCACAAGAUGUUUACCGCGGCCUGGGCCAGCCUGUGUCCGGGCAGUCCAGCGCUGAACUGCAUCAUGAUGGCCAGCCUGGCCGCAAGCAUCACGGCUCGGGGCUGGAGGGUGUCGGAGCCUCUAAGCCUGAAAAAUUCGAGCGCACCAUGCCUAGCCAGCGUGGCAUUGAGCGGGAUGAGGCUCAGGGUGGCCAGCGCGGGGAUAAGGGAUUCUUGGGGGCUGAGGAGAAAUUCCCCGAGGAGGCGGAGUCGAUUACUCGCGAGUGGAAGUAUGAGCCCAGUACAAAGCAUACGGACAGGCGUCAUGGGCAUGCUUAGCGUUCUUGUAUAUUGAGUUGUAUAUUGUGUAUUAUCCAUUAAUUUUUCAAUAGCAAGGGUAUCAUAGGUA